AUGGCGUUGGAGAAAUUCAACCAGGCAUACGUGUUUAUGCGAGUCGACCAUUUACAUUUCGACGAGCUAGACUUUGAGUUGAUAACUCGAAACAUUUUUGUUUCUUCUGAUUCUGACCAUUCGGGGGCCCAGCGACAACGACGUCUUCGGGGGAUUUUGUCUCAGGAGCGUUCAGCUCAAACGGAAACAGUUCGCACGUUUCGCGGUAAUGCGGCAGAGGAAAAGGAGAUCUGCCUUGGGAAACUCCUUUCUAUCAAGGAGGAUCUCCAGUACCGAUGUCCAAAUAAAGAAGUUUUCCGAACAAGGUUACUUCAUUUAGGGUCAAGACUCCAAGUCAUCCGAAAAUAUGCAGCAGGUGACGCUUAUCAGGAUAUUUCGGGUUUGCUGGAAGAGGUUGUUGCCGUUUAUGGCUGUCAUUUUAGUGAUGACCAGGUUGCAAUUCCGCCGGAAACAAAACAAGGAGAGGACGGAGAGGUAAUAGGAGAUUUGCUGGGUAAAGACGUUCUCACGUCUCAACCAGACACUGAUCCUUCCGACAUUCAAGGAUCUACAAACGCACAGCUCGUAGGCGAUGAUCUGGUGCGUGUCUUGUGCGAAAUGAGGGACGAGAUUCGCUGCUUACGACAGCAAUCCGAAGAAAAUAGAGCUCUGGCGUCUCAGAGGUCUGAUGCUUUUUCGGAAGCUACUAAGACGCUAAUGGGUGGGAUUGCUUCACUGACUACUAUUUCGUCAGUUUUAAGAAAGACGGUACAAGAAGUAGUCACACUUCGAGAAUCCGUCAACGAACUCCGGGCGCUAAUUCAUCAGGAAACAUCUAGCAACUCCGGGAUGGAUCUGCAGACCGAUCUGGACAAUACGCGUUUGGUGGACGAACCAGAACAAUCUGAGAUUACUGACCCAACACUGGCGCCCAGUCAGAAACUAAAUGUGUUGCCACCAGUAAUCCCUGAUCAACAAAAUUUCGUACGUCCACCACUUCUGAACGGACAACCGAACCUAAAUUACAAUCCAAAUUUCCAGUUCCAAACUCAGAACCAGCAAUACGGUCCUAGUUUAACCAAUCAGCCGUUUCCAAUAUCUGGCUUUGUAGGAAAUAAUGCAAGAGGAAAUUAUUCUCGCAGACCACAGCGCGUUUCGGAUUGGAAAAUUAAGAAGUACGCUGGAACUGACGAUGGGACUGGACUCAACGAAUUCUUGGACACUGUAGCAAAUUACGCCGCAUGUGAACAAAUGUGUGAAGAAGAGCUGUUCAAUUCUGCGAUGCAUUUAUUCACUGGCAACGCUCUGUCUUGGUAUCAAGCUAUGCGAGCGCAGAACCGGCUGUUCAACUGGAAUCAUCUUGUUUGCGAGCUCAAGGCAAAUUUCGUACAUCCAGAACUUGAUGCUACGCUCAAGAUGAAAGCACUCCAGCGCCGACAAUUGCGAAACGAAUCUUUCCAAGAGUAUUUCUUGGAAAUGGAGAAAAUAUUCCGUGCUAUGACGGUUUCAAUGACACCGAGUGCAAAACUCGAUGUGCUCAAGCGAAACCUGAGAAGCGAGUACAAGCAGAUGCUGAUUCUUAGGCCAGUGAACACUCUCGCAGAAUUGAUGAGCCUUGGUAAAUCGAUCGAUGCAUCCAAGACUCCGAUUUAUCAAAAAGUGUUCGGUUCUUCCAAGGAAGUUGCUGCUUAUUCUGACGACCCACCCCAAAAUAAACAGGAUCAGACCAAGCAAAAGGGUGGUGGACAGAAUAACAGCGGCGCAAAAUCCAAAACGUUUUGGAACAAGAACUCCCAAUCGGCAGUUCUUGAGCCCAAACAACCUCCUGAUAACCAGAAAAAUCAGAAAGGUAGUCAGGAUGGAAAGAAUCUCGCGAAGAAUACGCAAAACCCGAAGCCGAACAAUACACAGGAGAAACCCGUUAUUAGUUUACAGUACUUGGUGGAGAAGCAUCGUCCUCCCGUGCUCGGUGUCUGCUACAACUGUGGAGACAAAGGACAUGAACACGAGGACUGCCAAAACCCGAAACGGGUCUUCUGCAUUAACCAACUGAAGUCGCAGUUGGCAGAUUCAAAGCGCUCUGUAGAACAGCUAUCUAUUGACCCACAAAUAUAUAACAGUUUUCGGCCGGCUUGUGAUAAGGACUAUGAAAAUUCGUUGUCCGUCGAAACCAUCGUCCUUGAUGACCCGUCCGAUGAUCGUCCUUUCGCUAUUGUCGCAGUGUAUGGCAAAACCUUCAAAGCCUUGCUCGACAGUGGUAGUAACGCCACAAUAAUGACAGAAAAGCUAUACCGAAAAUUUUCGAAGCAUCCAGUGAAAAGUUUGGAAAGACCAAUCGAAUUACGAUCUGCGAAUGGUCAGCCCUUACCAAUCAUUGGACAAGCGUAUCUUCCAUAUACUUUUCAAAAUUUGACAAAGGUUAUAUGUACUCUUAUAGUAGAACAUUUAACAGUCAACUCCAUUCUGGGUAUAGACUUUUGGCGUGCCUUUGGUAUUUUGCCAGAAAUACAAACCUGUGCUCUGUCGAACUCAGGUCAAGAAGCUGAAGUCAUUGAUAACGAUGAACCGAGGGAGUCUAUACUCACUACGGAACAGUUAGCAUGCAUAGAAGAUGUAAAAAAAUGUUUUCAGGUGGUAGAGCCCGGAAAAUUGAACAUGACCUCCUCUACGGAGCACAGAAUUGUUAUCAAGGAAGAAUUCCAAGGUGCGGCGCCCGUGUGCCGAUAUCCUUAUCACAUGACUCCGAAGAAGCUGUCUAAGGUCUGGGAAGAAGUGGACCGAUGGCGUUCUAUGGGAAUUAUCGAAGAAUCGGAUUCGGAUUGGUCACUUAAUAUAGUAGCGGUUACGAAACCAGACGAUUCGAUACGUCUCUGUCUAGACGCAAGACCCCUUAAUGAGCGGACUGUACGUGAUGCAUAUCCUUUGCCACAUCCCGGGCGUAUAUUAGGCAGUCUUCCUAAAGCCAAAUAUCUGUCCACCAUAGACCUUAAGGAAGCUUUCCUUCAGGUACCUCUGGCUAAGGAUAGUCGAAAAUAUACUGCCUUCAGCGUUCCUGGCAGAGGUAUGUUCCAGUUCACUCGCCUACCAUUUGGUCUCGUCAACAGUCCAGCUACCCUGGCUCGGUUGAUGGAUCAAGUUUUAGGACGAGGGAAGUGGGAACCUUACGUAUUCGUUUACCUCGAUGAUAUUAUCGUGGUGAGCGAUGCGUUUGAGCAUCACUUGCAGUUGCUCAAAGCCGUGGCCGACUGUCUAGCAAAAGCCAAUUUAACAAUAAAUUUGGAUGGAUUGAAAGUGAAUCCAGACAAAAUUCAACCGAUUCUCGAUUACGAGAGGCCGGUCACCGUAACGAAGCUUCGUCGGUUUCUUGGCAUGUGCGGUUAUUACCGCCGAUUCAUCGAUCGGUUUAGUGAAGUAACAGCACCUUUAACCGAUUUGUUGAAAACGAAAUCCAAGAAUAUAGUUUGGAACUCCGAGGCAGAAAUCGCGUUCCUUGAAAUAAAGGAAUUUCUUGUCACUCCUCCAGUUUUGGUCCCGCCAGACUUCUCCAAAGAAUUCAUCCUACAGACGGACGCUAGUGAUGUUGCAGUCGCUGCCGUUCUGGUUCAGAAGUAUCCUGAGGGUGAGAAAGUAGUUGCAUAUUUUUCGCAUAAACUGACCACUCCCCAAAGGAAUUACCAUGCCACUGAAAAGGAAGGUCUGGCGGUGAUAUUGGCGGUUGAACACUUCCGAGGGUACUUGGAAGGCUAUCAUUUUCGUCUAGUUACUGAUUCGUCGGCCAUUAUCUGGAUACUGAAGACUAAAUGGAAAACCAGUUCUCGUUUGAGUCGUUGGAGUUUAGAACUGCAACUCUACGACAUGUCUAUCGAGCACCGGAAGGGCAAGGACAAUGUCGUUCCGGAUGCUUUAUCUCGGGCCGUAGCAGCCAUUUCCGCAUUGUCCACCUCAGGCUGGUACUGUUCCAUGAAGUCAAAGGUAAUUCAAAGUCCAGACGAUUAUGCCGAUUUUAAGGUCGAAAAUGAUCAACUUUUCAAAUAUGUGGUCUCGAAAAGUGUUCCUUGUGACUCGCGGUUCAGUUGGAAACUUAUACCAGCACCCGAGUGCCGUCAAGAAAUUAUUAAAAGUACCCACGAAGAAUUGCUUCACGUGGGAUACGAGAAACUGAUCCAUGAGGUGCAGCUACGAUAUUACUGGCCUCGUAUGGGAUCAGAAGUUAGGACGUUUCUUCAAAAUUGUGGGACGUGUAAGGAAAUUAAAGCUCCUUUCGUCCCAGUCCAGCCCGAAAUGGGGCAGUCGCGUGCGACUAAUGCACCAUGGCGAAUGGUUUCUGUGGACUACAUUGGUCCCCUUCCAAAAAGCAAACGGGGAAAUCAACACUUGCUUGUCGUACUUGACGUCUUCAGCAAGUACGUCAUGUUGAACCCCGUGCGCAAAAUCUCCAGCAAUACGCUUUGUUCGAUACUGCGCGAGCAGUGGUUUAAUCGCCAUGGUUACCCGGAAAUUCUGCUGAGUGACAACGCCUCCACUUUCACAUCGAUAGAGUUCAGCCAGUUUCUAAAAGAAACAAACGUUAAACAUUGGUUGAACUCCCGAUAUCAUUCGCAGGCUAACCCAGUGGAACGAACGAAUCGCUCGAUUAACACCGCCAUCCGGGCAUACGCUCGUACCGAGCAACGUAACUGGGAUGUCCGCAUUACAGAUGUGGAACGCAUCCUAAAUACAACAGUUCAUUCCUCCACUGGGUUUAGUCCACAUUUUAUCAUACACGGAAGUGAAAUGGCCUCAGCGAAUGAUUUCAGCAGGAUUUCCGGCGAGGGUGACAUAGAAACAAGGCACCAACAGAUAGACAAAAUCAGGGAGAUUGUGGUCAGAAAUUUGUAA